AUGCUAGAGAAGCGUUUUCUAGCGGCGCUGUGGCUCGACCUGCCCAAGAAGCACCACGCGGCGCACGGCGAGGUGCUGCCUCUGUUCUCGAAGCAGCUGGAGCACUGGCGGUCCUUUCAGCGGUACUGGCAGUGGGGCAACCGCGGAGCCUACGGGCGGCGCUUGGGCGCCGAUGCCUUCGUGGCCGCGAUGAAGCAGGACUACACGGAGAAGGGCGAGAUGGAGGCCGUUGCGGACAAGGCCGUCUUUGAGAGCAUGGCCCGGCGGAAGUGGCAGUUCGAGCAGCCGAAGCAGGCCGCCUCGCCCACCGGUGCCCAGAGCUCCGCAUCCGCCGAGAGCGCGAUGACGGAGCUCCUUGCGUCCUACGGCUUCACGCGCCCCUUCAGCCUCGCCAAAGGACCCCCGCGAGCAGGACGAAUGGACGACGUGGGCCGAGUACCUCUACUUCAUCUGCUGGGAGAACGACAGGGACGCCGCGGCAAUGAGGAGCGCGGAACCGAGGUUCCGGCGGGCGAUGGAGGAACUGCUGCUUGA